AUGUGCGGUAUUUGGGGCUAUGCUAACCACAAUGUGCAACGCACAGUGGAGCAGAUCUUGGACGUGCUCAUCCGCGGUAUUCAGAAGGUGGAGUACCGCGGCUAUGACAGCGCAGGCCUGGCCAUCGACGCAGGCAUCGGGAGUGAAAACGAUGGCGGCGCCGCCGCCAGUGCGCCGACGCCGCGCCCUUGUGUGGUGCGCAGCGUCGGAAACGUCAGCCAGCUCCGUGAGAAAGUGUUCAGUCGGGCCGUCGCCGCGACGCUGCCACCGAUGGACGCGAAGACAAGCCACCACAUCGGCAUUGCACACACACGGUGGGCCACGCACGGCGAUGUGUGCGAACGAAACUGCCACCCGCAGCAGAGCAACAAUGGCGAGUUCACCAUCGUUCACAACGGCAUCGUCGCCAACUACGCCACGCUGAAGGAACUUCUCAAGGCGGAGGGCUACGCCUUCUUCUCCGACACGGACACGGAGGUCAUUAGCAUUCUUUCCGAGUACCUGUACACGCGCAAGGGUAUCCACAACCUUGUUGAUCUGACGCUGGAGCUGUCGCGCCUGGUGGAGGGCAGCUACGCGUUGCUCAUUAAGAGCAUCUACUUUCCUGGUCAAAUAGCGGCAAGCCGCAAGGGGUCGCCGCUGAUGGUAGGGAUCCGGCAGACAGACGACUACGGCUGCGUGAUGAAGGUGAGCACUUACGACCUUCCCGAUCUAUGGAAGUCGCACGAGGUCUUCUUCGCCUCCGACUGGAGCUCUUUCGUCGAGUACACGAACAACGUUGUGCACCUCGAGGAUGACGACGUUGCUCACUACUGCGACGGCACCCUUCGCUUUUACAAGGCAGAGGGGCGCAGUAGUUCGACCGUCAAGCGCGAGGUUCAGUACUUGGAUGCGAAGCCGGAGAGCCUGUCCAAGGGAAACUACCCGCACUUCAUGUUGAAGGAGAUCUACGAGCAGACGGAGUCCGUCAUCAGCUCCAUACACGGCCGAAUCGACUUCAGCAGUGGGACAGUGCGACUCAGCGGCUUCACCCUGCAGAGCAUCCGCGCUAUCCUCACCAGUCGCCGCAUCCUCUUCAUCGCCUGUGGCACCUCGCUCAAUAGCUGCCUCGCUGUUCGGCUGCUCUUCGAGGAGCUUGUGCCGCUGCCCAUCUCGGUUGAAAAUGCCUCCGACUUCCUCGAUCGCAAGCCGCCAAUCCAGCGGGACGACGUGUGCUUCUUCGUCUCGCAGUCCGGCGAGACGGCCGACACGCUGCUGGCACUGAGGCUUUGCUUCGAGGCGGGCGCGGUGUGCGUUGGCAUAACGAAUGCCGUCGACUCUAGCAUCAGUCGGCUGACGCACUACUGCAUCCCCCUGAACGCUGGCGUCGAGGUCAGUGUUGCGUCGACGAAGGCGUACACGUCACAGGUUGUCGUGCUGACGCUGGUGGCGCUGCUGCUCAGCGACGACUCGGUGCGGCUGCAGGAGCGCCGCCAGGAAGUCGUGCGCGGACUGGCCGAGAUGCCUGUAAAGAUCUCUGAGGCGCUCAAGAUCACCCACGACUCCGUGAAGGCGCUGGCGGCGCGCCUGAAGGAGAGUAGCUCCAUCCUUGUGCUCGGUCGCGGUUACGACCUGGCCACCGCGAUGGAGGCGGCUCUGAAGGUGAAGGAGGUGAGCUAUGUCCACACGGAAGGCAUCAACAGCGGCGAACUCAAACAUGGGCCGCUCGCACUAAUUGACGAUACACUGCCGGUGCUGGCGAUGUGCACCAACAACCGACACUUCCACCUGAGCAAGACGGCCGUGCAGCAGGUGAGCGCUCGCAAAGGCGCCGUCGUCGUCUUUGCGACUGAGGCAGACGCUGAGCUGAAGGCGGCCGCGCGGGAGAUUAUUCUCGUUCCGAACACGGUGGACUGCCUUCAAUGCGUCGUGAACAUUAUUCCGUUUCAGCUGCUGGCCUACUACAUGGCGCUGCUGCGCGGCAAUAACGUCGACUACCCGCGCAACUUGGCCAAGAGCGUCACGGUGCAGUAG